AUGGCUCCUUCGAUGCAUCCCCAGGCGAAGUUCGAUCCGAUACCGCCGGAUUUGGACCUUCAUGACCUCGUCGACAGGACUCCCAACUUCGAAUGGGUUCUCCGAGUCUCAACGGCACAAAUCAAGGGCCUGGGUCCUCAAGAAUUCGAGAAGCUCGUAUAUCUUCAGGUCAUCAAAGGAGGAAAGCCGUUGGUGAUUGAGAAAUGGAAUGACGCCCUUCCCAAGAGCCUAUUCAGCGGCGAAUGGCUCGAGACCACCUACGACAAGAAACAGGAAAAUGUUCGUGAUAUCGGCAGCCAGUCCGAAAUCCCGAUGACUAUGGGACACUAUCUACGAGCGAUGAAGCAGCUCACAAACCAAUGGACACCGAAUAAUUUCCGCGACGAACGAAGACAGCGACUAUACCUCAAAGAUAUCGACUGCCCCCCGGAGUGGCACGAACACCUUCAAAAGGUCAUACCCCCGAGCCUGUUCUACAUGAAUGAAAAUGUGACGGAAAAGGGAGGCGCGGAUAACCGCGUCAGCGACGUCUUCCGCGGCUUGGGCGAAAAGACUAUCGCCCGCGCAGGAGAUUUGAUGUCAAGUCUCCCUGAAGAGAUGCGGGCGCAGAACCUGAUGUGUUACAUCGGCCACGAAGGAACAUACACCCCCGCCCACCGAGAAAUGUGCGCCAGUUUAGGUCAGAACAUCAUGGUGGAAGCCUCAGGAAGCGAAAAUGGAGAGAAACCCGGCAGCUCCAUCUGGUUCAUGACGGAGACGAAGGAUCGAGAAGUUGUCCGCGAGUACUUCUUGUCCAUGCUUGGACACGACAUUGAGAUCGAGAAGCACUUUGCUCAAAUCAACGCCUGGAAGAAGGCGACUUUCCCGGUCUACAUUGUCGAACAGAAGCCUGGGGACUUCAUUCUCAUCCCGCCUCUGGCUCCCCACCAAGUAUGGAACAGGGGCACACGCACCAUGAAGGUUGCGUGGAAUCGAACGACUGUUGAGACGCUGGACAUGGCCCUUCAUGAGGCACUCCCCAAGGCCCGACUUGUUUGCCGCGACGAGCAGUACAAAAACAAGGCGAUCAUCUACUACACCCUCAAGAAGUACUACGCGCAGAUGGUUCAGGCUGAAGAGAACAGCGAGAUGGGCCUUGGACUGGGUUCCGAUCUCUUCCGGUCUUCCGCGCGAUUCAAACAGCUCGCCAACGACUUCCGACACCUAUUCUCUCUGUUCACGGAGAUUCUCGUCGAUGAGAUGUUUGCAACCAAAGAGAACAAGAUUGAGUAUGUCGAGUACGACUCUUGCGUCACCUGCUCAUACUGCAGAUCGAACAUCUUCAACCGGUUUCUGACCUGCAAGCACUGUGUGCGAACUCUGGUUAACGGUGAUGAGGAUGCAUACGAUGUCUGUAUGGAGUGCUACGCCAUGGGACGAUCAUGUCUCUGCAUCUCGAAGCUGCAAUGGUGUGAACAGUGGAAAUGGUCAGAGCUCACAGAGAACUACGAGCUGUGGCGGUCAAUGAUUAUCAAGAAUGACGGCUUUGUCGACAUCGAGCUGUCUCCUCAGCCGCUUGAAAUUGCUCGGACUCGACGUGGGAAGAAAUCACUUGCUCAACUCUGCCAAGAGGGCCUGAGCAGAAGACCAUUCAAGGACAUCUCAAAACUCGACGAGGAGAAGCGUCUCACAGAGUCCGAAGACGAGCCCGAACUGGAUGACAACGGCAAACCGAAGAAGAAGAAGUACAAGCGCAAGAAGAAGAAGGGAGAACUUCGUCGCUGUCACGUCUGCUGCCACAAGGACUAUGCGUACAAAGUCCAACUUUGCUCGAAUCCCGACUGCAAGGAAGGCUUUUGCUAUGGUGUUCUCUACCGGGCGUUUGACCUGAUGCCUCAGACGGUUCAGGAAAACGAAAACUGGCUCUGUCCAAGAUGUUUGGGAAUUUGCAACUGUGGCGCAUGUCGCCGCGCCGGAACCACCACUCCGUAUGCGCCGAAGAACACUCUCCUUGGCCAUGAUACCCGACCCAUCGCGGAUGACAGAAGUGUGGAGGCCUUGGUCGAUUUCCGCGUCCACAACUUGAGCUGGCUGAAGGCCUCGGGCGAAGAAGGUCGCAGCACAAAUAGCAAGCGGAUGAUGAACCUGAGAGAGCAAGCCGAUACUGCCAAGGCCCAGGAACCGGCUGCAGCUGUAGCUGAGGAUAUCGCAAAUGGCGCUAACGGCGCUCAUCCUGCUGCUAACGGCACGAAUGGAUACGGCGACCAGAGUCAUGUUUUCGAUGGGCAAGACGUGCAGCAAUAUCCGGAUCAGAGCGGUCUCGACGGCGACAUGGACAUGUCCCAGGCGCAGCAGGAUCAAUCUGUACCGGUUGCCGACAUGGGUGCGGAUGGCAACUGGGACCAGUCAGCCUACCCGGAUCCUAUGAGUAUGGGCCAACGCAUGCUCGGUAUGGGCUACUACGAGCCAUCUGGACCCGACCAAAUCCUGUUCGACCCGUUCCAGAUGCCCAUGCCCGGCGAGAUGCAGUUCGACGAAGAGGCUGAAUUCCUCAAGAAGACCCUCAGAGCUGUCAAGAGAAAAGCGAAGCAAGAAAAUGACCUUGACCCGGAUUUCAACGCACCUCGUAGUCACCACCGGAAGAAGCCGAAGAAAGACAACCCAACGGACGAAUCUGCGAUGGAUCCUGCAUUGUUUGGUUCAUUCCAAGCUGCCUCUGCUGAUGCAAAUGCAGCUGGGGAUGGCGAGGCGGGACAGUCUGGAGAGGCCAGCGUAGCGCCCGAGGAUCAGGCACCGGCUCAGCUGGAGGAGGGAGAAGCUGGACAGACCGGAGAUGCUCAGCGCUCAAAAGGCACAUCAGCCAUAUCUUGGCCUCCUUCAUAUCCUGCCAACGUUCCAGAACUCCGACACGCACGGCCUAAGGUGUCGUACGCGGAGGUUGAAGAGCCUAUGCUUGACGAUCCAGAUGACAUUGUACCUGCUUACAGUGCUAAGCUGUUUGUCGAGAACGAUGAGCCUCAGCCUGGUGACAGCAGCGCGGACCCUCUGGACCUUGCUUCCGACGCGAUUCGUGCGCUCAUUCAGAAGGGAACUGACGCGGCUGAUGCUGCCGCUGCGACUACUACUGAAACCCCGAAGACGUUUAAGAGACGAGGAAGGCCGCCAAGGGGCACAAACAACUCCACCCCAGCUUCGGCUACAAGGGCGGCUGCUGUGUCGACGCCAUCUGCAUCGGAUAUCGCAGCGAAGAAACGAGAGGAACGCGCAUCACGAAGGUCGGGACUCAGUCGCGUUACUACAAUCGAUGCAGCUAGCUCCUUCAAUGCUCGGAACCGCAACUACUCGGAAGAUGACGAUGACGAUGAAGACGGGCUGCACGAUGUAACGGAAGCUGAGCUCGAAGCGGAGCUGGAUCGGGAGCUGGCUGGCGAAGAUACUCCUCAACAAACGGUUUCCAGGUCCAUCGAAACUGAAGCAGGACAGCAGCCAGUCAAGAGGCGUCGUGGCCGGCCGCCUAAGAACAAGACUGCCCCGCCCGCAGUUGCAGCCGACGAUGACGGUGACAAAUCCCCACCACCGCCUCCGGCUGGCGCAAGCCGGAUGAUGUCUAUGGCGGCCCGUGUUGCGGCCCGUGGCGGCAAGUUCAAGCUCACCUCUCGUAAGUCGAGUGUUAGGGGCACUCCUUCCGCCACGCCGGCACUAUCAGAGCGACGUGAGCAUGCUGCAACGUCAACACCCUCUGCUGCAGCUCGAGACUCCGUGGAGAUAUCUCUCCCCCAAAGGGCUACCUUAUCUGCCAGAGAAUCUCGAGCGUCAACUCCUGAUGUCACACCGCCACCUCCCAGCAGGCCAGCCCAGGAGCCAGCCAGGGAGUCGACCGUAGACUUGACACCGUCUCCUCCCGGCGGAGCCAGGCGGGAUUCCACGCCAGACAUGACGCCUCCUCCUCCUGGCCCAGCCAGACAGGAUUCCACGCCGGACAUGACGCCGCCGCCUCCGGCUGCAACUGGUAGGCGCUGGCAAAAGAGUGAUGAGAUCGAUGAAGACUUCGCUGCUCCCGCAGCAUCGCCGUUGUCCGCGUCUUCUUCAGACUCCGGUAUUCCUGGUGCCAGCCCGAGCCCUCCGCCUCCGCGACGGUCCACAGGCGGUCCCACGGUCGUCAAACUGGGUGGCAUCGACUCCGAGUCUGAGAGCGAGAUCUCUUCCUCGUCUGAAUCGGAAACAGGGGCCGAGGUGGUGGUAGAGGUCGCCCACGUGGACGCCCCAGAGGACGUGGCCGUGGUCACUAAGAUUUUGUGUUUUGGUGCAGAUUAG